AUAAUCUAAUCAAAGCUAUCUUGUCAGUAACGAAGAAUUACCACAUUACUCCAACUCUUGACAGUCUUAGCUGCAGACGAUGUAUUAUUGUGGGAAAUGGUGGCAUUCUAGCAAACAAAUCUCUGGGCUUGAAAAUUGAUGACUAUGACAUUGUUAUCAGGCUGAAUUCUGCUCCAGUGAAAGGCUUUGAAAAAGAUGUUGGUGGCAAGACAACAAUGCGGAUAACAUAUCCGGAAGGGGCUAUCCAGAAAUCGGAGCAGUAUGAGAAGGAUUCCCUGUUUGUACUGGCAGGAUUCAAGUGGCAGGAUUUCAAGUGGCUGAAGUACAUUGUUUAUAAGGAAAAAGUGAGUGCUUCUGAUGGCUUCUGGAAGUCUGUGGCAACCCAUGUUCCAAGAGAGCCCCAUGAGAUCCGAAUCCUGAAUCCAUAUUUUAUACAGGAGGCAGCCUUCAGCUUUAUUGGCCUUCCUUUCAACAAUGGCCUGAUGGGCAGAGGGAAUAUUCCUACUCUGGGAAGUGUAGCAAUUACCAUGGUGCUCCAUAAUUGUGAUGAAGUAGCUGUGGCUGGAUUUGGUUAUGACAUGAACUCUCCCAAUGCACCACUACAUUACUAUGAGAACAUCAAGAUGUCUGCCAUCAAAGAGUCCUGGACACACAACAUCCAGCGAGAGAAGGAAUUCCUACGGAAACUGGUAAAAGCUCGAGUAAUCACAGACCUCACCAGUGGAAUCUGAAGAAAAAGCUCAGCAACUGUGCUGGAGAGCAUAGCCAGGUGUAUCCAGCUAAGGACAAGGGCAGCAAGAGGUGUUUAGCAAGAGUCACAGCUUCUAAAAGAUGCCCUUGGAUCCUCUCCCUGGCUUGCUUUGUCUGCCUAAGCCAGGGCCAGCAGGGGAACAGCAGCUCUUGGUUUAAGCGGGCCGGGCCCUCAUUUGGAACUGCCGGAAGAUGUUUUGCUGGAGAUAAAACAUCAGAGGAGAGAAGAAAAAUCGGCUUGUGAAACAAAACAAAUUUGUGCCAAGUGGAAACAGGAGCCAGGCCAGAGGCCACAGUGUUUGAAUGUAUAAGGCAUUAUUUUUUUAAUAUCAAAAAACAAAAAAAUACAAUAAAUAUAUCAAUGCGCACAGUGGAGCCUAGCCUUUCAACAAGCCUGGUGGGAUGCUUUCAUUAGUACUGCAUUUAGCCUGACCUUGGGCCAGCUAUGGCCCCUCUGCAGGGUCUCAGUUCAUCCAAGGUUUGUCUAUUGUUGGUGCUGCUAUAACGUCAAAGUAUUGUGAUCUCUCUUUGCUCUAGAUGGAGCAAAUUAAAGUUCUGUUAGAUCUUCAGACUCCCUGCUCCUCGGGGGGCCUCUACUGCUGCCACUGUUCAUCUGGCUGUAUUUUUAGACUAUUCAUGAAGCUCAUCUCAUUAUGUUGGAAGAACUUCACCUGCUUUGCAGGUUCAUCACAGAUUCUGCUGGCAGAUAACCCAGUAUUUGUUUUCACUAGCAUCCAUAUCAUGCUUCUGAAUAGCAUGACACUUUUUCUGUUCUUGUUUCUUUGGAGAAGGAAUAACUUAUUUUUGGAAAAGGGCCAAACCAUCCUAAAAUAUGAAGAUUUAUCAGUGUUUAUGCUGCCAGAGAUUUUUCAUUCAUUCUACUAUACUUAGUUUAUGAAAAUAAUGCCUUGCUUGUGUGUAGAUUUUUCUGUAUGCUGUGAUAAGAGAUGACAUCUUCCUUAUUUUUCAGCUUCCAUAUAUCUGGUUUUGUUUUGUUUUGUUUUUCUCCCCAGAUGGUUUCUACUUCCCUCUGUAUUCUUUUAAAAUUAUAGCAGGGGCUCUUUGUUACAUCUCUGCACUAUCUUUUCAGAUGCAGUAUUUGCACAAGUAUGUAUUAUCUGUAUUGGUAAGAUUCAAAAUAUGAGUAUGAGAUCCAGCAGUGAAUUUAAAUUAAUUAACAUACCUUUCCUUAUAUGGAGAGGAUGUAAGAAUCUGGCAAAUCUUCUCAUGAAGAAUUCUCAUCCUGUGUAGGUCAAGGGCACAGCUUGCAUUCAGUAGUGUGAAUAUGCAUUUUGCUUGCUCAGUGCCCUAAAAUAAAAGGUUCUUAACAGGACACUGGGUAUUUUGCCAAAUAAGCAAAGUUGAGGCAGUAGCUCAACUAUUCCCAUAAUUAUUUUUAGAAAUGGUCAGAAACUGAAAAAGUGCAACUCUAUAAUAAUGCAAAGAGUGAUGUAAAAGAUCCUGCACAAUCACUUUAGUAAUAAGUCUUUUCCAAAGACUACAAUAUUAGCCUGUCUGAGUAGCCUGGCAAAUAUUUCACCAAAAUGUGUAGUUUUCAUUGUGUACAUACCAAACUAUGCCCACUUGAAUGGUGGAGGAUGGAUGACUGCUUUAUUUAUUGGCCUUCAUAAUCUUGACAGGCCCUUCCUAACCAAGAGUAUUUUAGUUGUCUAGGUAUCGCCUUAGAAUCAGCCUUUCUAAACAAUGUAUGCAAUUUACUGUCCCAAGGAGUUAUGAUGGUAACUGAUGGCUUUAAAAUUAAAUAAAAUAAAUUCCGGAAGGAUAAGGCAAAUUAUUUUGAUUAUAUGGAACUUCCUGAUUCAGAGGAGAGAUACUUAAAAAUAUCAAAAGCUGAAAAGCAAUGACAUUAUUUAUUACUAUUAUUAUGCCAUGCAUGUAGGUCUCUUAGAACAACUGGCUGAUUAUUGAGGGACACAUCGUACUGGUCUAGUUGUGCUUUUGAUCUAAUUUGAUAGAGCUUUUCUUAUCUCCUCAAUCUUAUGAAUGCAGGUGAAUAUCUUUAAACUUCUCUGUUCUCUAUUUAUGUGCCGUGCACAUGUUCUUCUGAAGGAGGAUAAGCAUAGAAAUAUCAACUGUUUGACCAUACCAGCAAAAGUUGGAAUGGUUCCACAGCCUGCAGAAUAUAGCAUACAUCUAAAAGAUUAGUUUUUCCCUAAAUAAUUACUUUUAUAAUUGGAUAAUCACUUAAAUGGCAAUGGAGAUACAUUUAUUUUGUUUUUCAAUCUCCCUUUUGGAGGGAAGGGAUCAGCUUAAAUUGAGGACUGUUUUUCUUUUGUAUAAAUAUAGUACUUGACUUGAGUCAUGGAGUGUUUGGAUGGAGCCAGUUGCAGAACUUAUAUCAGUGUAUAUGUUUCUUGGGUUACAUGUUUUUUAUGUCUUUUUCUCAUUGGAUGUUGUGAGUCCAGGAUUCCACACUUGUUGGCAGCUAAAUAUACAAGUUCCAAAUGGUUAGGGUGGUUUUUGUACUAUAGAAAAACCAUGGUCCUAUAGCAAGCACCAUUUUGGUUAGAAGGUUAACUGUUAGGGAGGAUAUGUUGAAGAAACGUAGAAGAAAGGAAAUACAUAUACACAAGGAAAACCUAAAAAGAUGAUUAGAUAGAUAGAUAGAUAGAUAGAUAGAUAGAUAGAUAGAUAGAUAGAUAGAUAGAUGAUACUAAUAAAGAAGAUUAUUUGUAGCUUGAGGUUGACAUGAGGGGUCCUUGGUGCUCUCUGAGCUUUUUUGCUUUCUUGCAGACAUUUCAGUAUACAAACCAGGUAACCUCAUCAGAUGCUUAGGUAAUGAAACAUCUGCAAGAAAACAAGCAAGCUCAGAUAGCACAAAGGACCCCUCAGAUAUAUGAUCAUCUAACCUCUAGAUGGAAGCAUAAACCAAUUGCUGAAAGAAGGCUCAAGGGCCAUCUCCACCAAUGGGUUUAUGGUACAAAAAGCAUACGCCCCAGUCUCAAACUUAAUGUGCUAUCCCAGAUCAACCUCAUUAAAUGCAAAAACAAGACACAGGUCUUGAGUACCUUCCAAUUGGGUAACCUGUCAUCCAGUCUUCACCUGCUGGAACUCGGUCUUUACAUAAGGAUUUAGAAACCUAUUCUCUUUUGCAUUUGGCCAUUGCAUCAAGUACCCAUGUGUAGUAUGGCUCACUUUUGGUGGAUGGAAGGUGGGGAGCUGCUUGUAUACAUUAUUACUUUUAAAGCAGUCAGAUUUUUUUGGUUGUUAAUAAAAGUAUAUUUCUACAGUAACAAAUGUAUAUAGAACUGCCAUCCCCAUUGAUUUGAAUUUUUUUAAAGAUUUGGGCUUUAAUCUUUAACCAGUCGAGAUUCUUCCCAAGACAAUCAACAACGCAUAUGAAUUUCAUUAUAUAUAAUUUAGGGCUAGACCUUAGUUUGUUUUCUGUUUCUCUGUGGCAUUCAUUUAUCAACUAGGUCAGUAUACUACAUUUUAAGCAUAUCUGUUUUGGAUGAUUCUUCCAAGCCUUUUUACUGUUUUGAAUUUAUCUCACUUAAUGCACUUCCAUUGUAAGAUUUCCAACUCUAGUUAUUGCCAAGGUCUGUCCAAAACAUGAAAAACAUCUGUGCAAAAAUAUAUAUUUUUAACCUAUAUGGCUAUUUCUAUUUAUUGAAGUUGGUUUACUAGAGUGAAAAUAGUAAGACCAAAUACAAGAAGUAUUUCACAAUCCAAUACUCUGACCUCAUCUGACAUUUUACUUGAAUCACUUCCUGAAACUGGCUUUGUAGUAUGUCCUCCAGAAAAAUUGAAAGUAGGCAGAAUUGACAAAGCAUUUCAUUCAAAUUUCCAAGAGGGUUUAAUGGAAGUUUCUGGGGAAAAACAUUAAUUCUUAUUGCAGAAAAAGUGGCUAUAAAGUGCUUGUCUUAAUGCAGAUCUAAAGAGAGAACAACUCAACUCAAACCCUUAGUUGGCUUAUCUUGCUUAAUUUCUUCCUGUACUGUAGAUGCGUUCAACUAGGAGUGAAAAGUUGCAGUGGAGGAAGGUGAGGCUGUUACCUGACUAAAUCUUGCCUGACUAAACCCCUAAAAGUAUAACCCAGGAAAACAAAAGCUAAUGGGGGAAAACAUAAAUGUGGUAGGAUUUCCUUCUUGGUUUUUAUUUGAUGUCAAAAUAACAUAUCAUUGCAAUUUGCCUCUUAUAUGAGUUUGCAACUACAUGUAGUGCCCCAGCAUCCUUAAAUUGCAGCAUUGAAAUCUGAUAUGUUGGUAGAGAAAUUUUAGCCCAUUUUUGGACAUUUUCUGGAGGUAAAAAUGGGAAUACUUUUUUUCUGGAAACUUCCCACAUCUGCUAGGUCUUUGCAGCAUUCGGGUCCAAUGGCAUUUAGUAGUGAGAAACUCAGCACCUCCAAUCAGAUACAGAGGACCCAUUAGAGGAAAAUGCUAAUUAAUGCACCAUUUGGCCUUUUCUUUCAGAAGAGGCAUUAUAUUAGAUGGAGUUUGUGAGUUAAUAAAUCCAAAGGGACAUCACUGAACAUAGUUGUAGUCAUCAAACUUAUAGUAAUUGGUACUUCUCACAUGGAUAUGGAUCAUGGAAGCAGGACAAGACAUAAGAAAGAAAGGGAUAGAAGAUGUGGAUCCUAUUCCUAUUGCUACUCGUUCCAUAAAGUAUAUGUAGUAUUGUAAUUCCAAGUCUCCUCAUUUCUAUCAGAGACUUUCAACUUGAAGGAAGAUGAACAAGAAAGAAAAACUCUGCUUCCAUAGCUCAAGCAGUCAACAGGAGAAUAAUUUUUUAAGCAUGCAAGUCAUCUUCGAAUAGGUCUAAAUUCUCAAUAUUUUGAUUAAGAGGAAGGGAAACUAUCACAGGAAGAAACUAAAGUGCCUUCUAACCAAAAUAAAAUAAAAUACAAUAGCAGAGUUGGAAGGGACCUUGGAGGUCUUCUAGU